GGAAGCAGCAGAAAAGAGGUGAAAGCUGAAGUGGUCCUACUGUCAAGGUCACUAAUUGGGACUGAUAAAACCUGACUACAGCUGAUGUGUGCUGACUAUUUUGUAUACAACCAGAAAAGGGUGAAUUUUACAGUUGCUGACAUGCGCUGCAGUCAAAGCCUUUUGGAGUUUUUUUGUAUUUUCUUGUGAUUAUUCAAAUGGGUGACUGAUGUAACAGGAGCCAUAUGGAGUAAAAGUCAUCGCUGGCACAGGUAAACACCCACUCAAGGAUCCGAAAUCAUCGGAAAAUUGACAGCAAAGGAUCACACAAAACUGACAAUAAACAGUACCAAGUAGAAGGAUGAGAGAGAAGAAGUCUGACGGAACAACAAACAAACAAGCCACGGCCUCAUUCAACCUGUUCCUCACAUGAAAAUCCAUUUAUUCAUCAGAAUGUCAUCCAGUGGUGGGGUUCCUCUCAACAUUAGUGACUCAGUCCUCCAUGGCGUUCUAAGUUCAUCCUCACCCUCUUCUUCUCCCUCCACCACCCCUCCAUCUCCAUCCUGCAGCAUAGAUGAGUCCUACAAGUACAUUUUCCUCCCCAUCUGUUACUCUUUCACAUUUAUCUUCAGCAUUUCCCUUAACUCUGUUGUCCUCUACCGUUCCUUCCGCCAGACCAAACGCUGGAAUGCCUCUCUAAUCUACAUGGUCAACCUAGCCUCUACAGACUUCAUGUACGGCCUGUCACUGCCAUUCCUUGUGGCUAGCUACAUCAUGCAAGACCGUUGGGUCUUUGGGGACUUCAUGUGCCGCCUUGUCCGUUUUCUGUUUUACUUUAACCUCUACUGCUCCAUCUUCUUCCUCACUUGCAUCUCUGUGCACAGAUACCUCGGUAUCUGCCACCCAAUGAAAGUGAUCACACUGGAGACCAAGAAGGCUGUCAAGUACACUUGUGUUCUGGUUUGGAUUGUGGUUUUUGCUUUGACCUGCCCUAUAUUCCGGUUUGCUCAGACUGGUCAUGUGGCAAGAAUGGGGGGGGCUGUCACCAAUGAAAGCAUAACUGAAGAGCCAAACUAUGAGAUAUCAGCUAUUAAUGGUAAUGCAAGCCAUGAUAACUUGGGAGGUGUCACUGAGGAAUACCAGAACUGUUGGGAUGAUGCAAUAGAUAAGGAGUUCCCUGAUUAUAUACCCUAUGGCAUCAUACUCCAUUUGCUGGGCUUUUUUUUGCCUUUUUCUAUAAUUGCUUGGUGUUACUCUCAUGUUGUUCUAACCAUAUUUAGAACUCUGCAUUCACGCCCCUCAUCCCACAGAGGCAAGAGAGAGGGAGGACAUGAGGGAGUGGAGAGAAGAUGGAGAACAAACUUGGCAAUAGCUGGAAGAGAAAGAAGAGGAAGCAAUGAACUGUCAAGGACAGUUGGAAGAGAUGGAGGAAUUUCCAUGUUUCUUGGUGCCCACUCCCCAUAUGCCAAUCGCAGACGCAAAUCUAUCAGGACCAUUAUCACUAUCACUCUCCUCUUUGCUCUUUGUUUCCUCCCCUUUCAUGUCACCAAAACAAUUUUCCUCCUGUUGAAAGUGACAAAGAGAGUUCCCUGUCCUACCAUGACCAUGGUCUCCAUGUGCUAUAAGAUUACAAGGCCUUUGGCGUCAUUCAACGCUUGGCUUAACGCCCUACUUUACUUCCUAACUAAAGACAAGGGGGGAGCUCACUGCUGCCAGACAGUAAACGGCAACACUCAGCAACAUGGCGGGCUUCUGUUACCACUGAAGAUGAUGAGAAAAGGAGAGAAUGCAGAGAAUGAAAUGGAAGACAUAAUGGACAAUAAGGAGAAUAAAGCAUUUAAGAGUCCGUCAUACGUAAACAGAGCAAAAGUCACAUAUAUAGUUGAAUGAACGUUUUUUUGAGAAAUAAAAGAAUGAAUUUUU